GAUUGGCUCAUAUUUCCGAGGCCGCGCCCACCUCGCCGGUGCGUCAAGCGACGUCACGAAACCGCAAAAACUGACACGUCAUAGUGACGUUUACGCACUACUUAUGCUAAAUUAUGCCGAUCAAAACAGGAAACAUCGCGGAAUCACCGGCGAGUGACCCGUUCCGUUUGGAAUCAAAAAUGGCGGCGUUCUUGCUGCUGCUGGCGGCGGCGGCUCGUCAGCUCGGGCGGAGGCGCGGAAGGAGGGAGGCCGAGGACGCGUUUGACAUGCCAGACGACGUGUUUCGGCAGCACUUUCGUCUGAGGAAGGAAACUGUGCGGUGGCUGUGCGACGAAGUGGCGGAGGAGCUCGGAGGCGUGCGAUCAACAGCGCUGUCGGUGGAGCGACAAGUGUUGUGCGCGUUGCGUUUCUUCGCGACGGGCAGCUUUCAGGGGUCCGUUGGGAGCGAGGAGACGAUUGGCGUGACGCAGCCUGCGGUCAGCAAGUGCGUGCGACGCGUGGCGGAGGCAAUCGUCCACGCCGGGACUCGGAACAAGUGGGUCCACUUCCCGAGGACGUCGGAGGAAAAGGCGGCCGUGAAAGAAGGGUUCCUUCGACGCGGCGGCAUUCCCGGCGUCAUCGGCUGCGUGGACGGCAGCCUUAUUGCCAUCAUCGCACCGAAGGGCGACAACAAGGCGGCAUACAUGUGCCGCAAAGGCUUCUAUGCCCUUAACAGCAUGUUCAUUUGCGACGCAGGCAUGCGGAUUCUGGCCGUCGACGCUCUGCGACCGGGGUCGGAUCACGACGCACACAUAUGGAGAACGACGUGGUUGCGUCGUCGUUUCCAGGAGGGACACAUUGCCAAGGCCGGCGAGCACCUCCUCGGUGACAGCGGCUACCCCCUGGAACCAUGGCUCCUGACUCCGGUCCCAGGCCAUCCUCCCACUCACACUGCAGAAGGCAGGUACAACACUGCACACGCUUCCAUGCGGUCCGUAGUGGAACGCUGCAUUGGACUUCUGAAGAGCCGCUUCCGCUGCCUUCAGAGGUACCGUGCCCUCCACUAUGAACCAGACCGCGCAGCAAACAUCGUUGCAGCGUGUGCAGUGUUGCACAAUUUGUGUCUUGAUGAAGGUGACAGUGCGUUUGAUGAGGUUGAUGAUGAUGACAGCAGCAACAGCAGCAGUGACGAUGCAAACGGUGGCCCCCUCCCACUUGUAGUUCCCCGAGUGAGGGCAGCACGCAUAAUGUACCUGAAAGGAUGUGCUGCCCGUGACAAUGUAAUUACAUUAUUCGGAACCACACGACAGCAGCACCAGCACUACCUGCGAAGGGUGCGAAGGCGGCUGCGUCGGCAGCAGCACCGACAGCAGCAGUAAACGUGCCUGCAGUGUCAGGCACUUAUGCCUAAUAAAGAGAAGGAACCAACGUGAAGGCGUAUUGGCAUGAGUGGAUAGCGUGGUGUUUUUUUAUAGCAUCUGCUAAAUUACCACCAUUGCUUUCACAUAGCGUGUACCAAUGAGCUGUCACAACUGGAGAUUAUUGCAUCAUUCCCCUGUGACACUACUUAGUAGCUGUGGAUAGACAAGGUUGUGGUCAUUAGCAGAAUGUCGUAGCCACUUCUCUGGGCAGCAGGAGUUUGCUAGUUGAAUUGCUGUUGCUGCUGUCGCUACUGUCGUCUUGAUGCAUUUAUCUACUGGCAUCACCGCCACUGUCACCGCCGUCUGCACUGUGCAUGGGAGGAUAUUGGACUUAGUCUCCUCGCUUCCUGCUUGGGCCGCAGCAAAGCACACUUUUCGCUCCAUCAUAUGUACUGUUCUUGCACACCUUGCAGGCCCCACACAGCUUUGCCACACAGCUUCCGCACAGUUCCUUUUUCAACAAGCCAAGUCAUGCUGACACAGAUCGCCUGGCAUGUCAAGCACAUGAUGCUCCCUUGGAUGUACAUUCAUUUGUAAACUGUACAUAUAUUUGUAAAAAGUGAUAUCAAGUGCCAGUGAUGUUCUUGAAACUCGUUCCUUCAUAUCCCUACAGUAAACGAACAGUUUCAACACAUCUUCAGUGUCAUGUUUUAUUCGAAGUGAAUAACAGUCAUCAUGAUACAAAUCAAUGUACACAGGGUAUGAUUUCAUGGUGCCAAAGUGACAGUACGGUUUCCACUAAAUGGGAUCUAAUACAUUGUGAAAGGCCGCUGGCACACAUUAAAUCACAUAAAUGUCUGUCAUUGAUACUGUUUUUCUUUGGGCUCAUCCACGAUCAUUUGCGUUCACCUAGCAACUUCAUAGCACAAAAAGGUGUUGCAAGACUUGCCUGUUAUGCAUCCAUGUUUGUAGCACAAAAUAUAUGCUAUAUGCAAUAAAUACUGCCACAAUAGGGCCACCCGUGUGAAAGUGCAGUCCGGCGCCUUUAAGGAAUGACAAACGUGAAAAAAUACCGUGCACUUCGAUAAUCUGACAUAUAACAAGGCCAACAAGAACAGCCUGGCAGUGAAUGUAGUAAAAUAAUGGCUACAUUGGGUGUAUAAAAAAUUGUCAACAUCAAUGGGGACUAGAUUGCAUUGCUAUCACCGAUAUGGAAACCUGAUAUAUCACAAUAACUAUUGCAAGUAACACGCACGUGUUGCUAAAAUAAAUAAUAUGGCCACUUGUGGGUUCCAUAGGGCAAAUAAGAUUGGAAACAACAUAAAUAUAGUGUGAACAUCAUAACAGUGGAUUUCAAUACCUGUUAUCACAGCAUUUGUGUGUGAAACACUGUUGUGGCUAAAAUAAAAGUGACUACUUAGUCAACAUGUUCCUUGAAAAGCAAUGAAUACAUAAAUAGCUCAUAAACAACAAAACGAAAGCACACACCUA